AUGACAACCCUCAAAACCCUCGACAACCUCCUCAACGACCUCCCACCCAACCCUUCCCCCAACCAACCCCACCCAACCACAAACCCCCUCACCACCUCCCUCCUCAAACUCACCACAGCCAUAGCGCUCUACAACCGCAGCGGCGCGCUCUUCGCCCAAAAAGCCGACGAGCACUUCUGGCCUUUCGCCGCGGGGUCUUGGAGUCGGGCACAGUACGAUGAGGCGGUGUGCGAGGCGGGGAGGUCGCUGGGGAAGGGGAGGAGUGUGGAGGAGGAUUUGAGGGUGUCGAGGAGGUGCGUGGGGGAGGCGAUGGAGGUGUUGAGAAGGGCGGAGUUUUUGAGGGAUGGGGUGGAUGAGAUUGUUGGAGGGGUGUAUUUGGUUUGUUUCUUGGAGUAG